GGUUUUAUCCUCAAAAUGUACCUCCAGAAUUUAAUCUUACUACAUUUGAUGUGGAGGAUAUAAUUCUUGUGACUGGCAAAUUUCAUGUCAUUGAAUAUGUGAAUGAAAAAAAUGAAAAACUCCCGGCCCUAAAAGUUAUUAUGAAUGAUCUUGUACAUUUUGACAUGGAUCUGAAUAACAUUCCCAAGUUUCCAGUCUUAACGAAUAUGACUGCAGUUGUGCAAGAACCUCCAAGAGUUACCAAUGAUGAUGUUAUUAUGAUCAUUGCUAUGACGGAUCAUAAAACUGAUCAACCUAAUCCUAUUAGUUCAUCUGUAAUUAAACCUUUAUCCAAAGAAUCUAAACCAUAUACUCGAACUAAAGACUAUCAUAAAUUAGCAGAUCUGGCAAAAGAAGCAUUGACUAAUUCAAGUGAACCAGAUGCAUCGUUAUCUACAUCCGCUGAUAUUCAACCUGAAUAG